AUGGGAUCUUCAACUGCAGCACCGCCGAUAGCCAAGGAGACAUUCAAAAAAGGAACGGACUUACCGACCUGGCACAAAUUCGUUAUCCUCUUCACUGUCAGUUUUAUGUGUUUGGCCACGACGUUCUCGAGCACAUGUCUAUAUCCAGCAACGCCAGAGAUUGCGGCUGAGUUCGACACUACAUCUGAACAUAUCAAUGUCACCAAUGCUGGAGUAUUAUUAGCCAUGGGAUCGUCCAGUUUGAUAUGGGCGCCCAUUGCUAGAACCUUGGGAAGGCGGUCAGCAUAUAAUGGUGCUAUUGCCAUCUUGUUCUUGUGCUCAAUUGGCACGGCUUUAUCGAUAAAUAUGGCCAUGUUCACGGCCAUGAGGGUCCUUGCGGGCUUCCAGGGUACAUUCAACAUGGUCGCGGGUCAAACUAUCAUAGCCGACAUCUUCGACCAACGCAGAAGAGGCACUGCGGUAGGCUUCUUCAUGGUUGGCUCUGUCCUAGGACCUGCGUUGGGUCCUCUGGUUGGCGGCAUCAUCGUCACCUUUGCCAGUUGGAGGAUCAUCUUCUGGGUGCAAACUGGCAUGGUAGGAUUGGGCUUGAUGUUGUCCUUCUUCUUCGUUCCUUCCAUCGCUCAACCACACCAAACCACCGAUAAACCUAGCUUCAAACUCUGGGCCAAGUCGCAAGUCGAGAUGCUCAAAAUAUUUACAUUGCUCGUAUACCCUAAUGUCUUCUUCGCGGAUCUUGCCUGCGGUUUACUCGCUUGGAACCAAUACUCUUUGCUGGCUGCACCACGACAUCUGAUCAACCCUCGCUUCCACCUUACAUCACCCCUCGUCUCCGGCCUCUUCUACAUCUCGCCUGGAGCAGGUUUCCUAUUAGGCGCUAUCGCAGGAGGUCGGUUCUCCGAUAUGACGAUGGCCAAAAAGAUCAAGGAGCGUGGAGGAAUACGAGUACCUCAAGACAGACUCAACAGCGGUCUCCUGGCCUUCUUCUUCAUUAUACCUGCUUCACAAUUAAUCUAUGGAUGGUGCUUGCAGUACGAUGUCGGUGGCUUGGCUCUUGCCAUAGUGGCUGCUUUCUUCACUGGCUUUGGUCUUAUGGCUGCGUUUAGUUCUCUUAACACUUAUUGCGCUGAAGCGAUACCCGAGCAGCGCACGGCAGUCAUUGCAUCCAAAUAUUUUAUCCAGUACAUCUUUGGCGCGUCAGGUAACGCUGCCAUUGUACCCAUGAUUGACUCUAUUGGUAUCGGGCUUGCUGCCACGAUAGGUGUUAUCUUGUGUAUCUGCGGUGGCGUUUUGGUUUGGAUGCUGGCUAAGCAUGGCGGUGCCAUGCAGGCGUUUAUCGAUGCAAAGUUAGGUCAUGUAGAUACAGAUGACGAGAAGCAAGGAGCAUAG